CAGGUACUGACGAUAUAACAUUUCUUGGUAACUAACAUUACGUAUUUUAAACACAGCGUUUUUUUUUUGCAUAAUCCAAAGCUUAUUUCGUUUAGUUGUGUAUUUCAUAAUUAAAUUAAGAGAACUUAUAAUAUUAAUGCAUACGCAUAUUGUAGUGAUGAGACUGGCCCAAUUUUUGCUUGUGAAACAUAAGAGCAAUGCAUCGGCAUUGGAUAAGAUGUAAAUAAUUUGGAUUUCAUGUUAUAUUGGUGAAUUAUGCUUCAUGUCUUCUCUUUAAAGAAAAAUUUUCGACAGAAAAUGUUAGUUCUGAAAACAGUUUAAAGGAACGCUAAGCACCGUGUUUGUAACAUCGUUAAAAACAGAUUGUUAUCGCAAAGAGACAUGUCGUCUGGAGGAGCAGGAUCCUCAACAACUGGUGCAACCGCCAAUGAUUUUUUUGGCUGGGAUUUGCUUUACAAAACAAUUGAAAAAACUGUUGAUAAAAAGUCUGAUGUAUUGAUUGCACUAGCGCACUUUUUGCUUGUGAAACAUUAUAAAAUGCAAUGCAUCGGCAUUGGAGAAGAUAAAACUGUUUCAACAGAAGAUGUUGGUUCUGAACUAUUACCCGACGGUUGGAAUGACCGAGGCAAGAGAUACGCCUUGCGUUAUUUACACAACGGUCGAUUGUAUCUUCUAAUAGGCCAUAAUACAGAGGAUUUUAUUACUAUGAAUUUACUCGAUGUGAAGGACACCAAGGUUACUAAUAUAACUUUAAAUCCACAAGAAUGGAUAAAACAACUUAAAGGAACGCUAAACACAAUGAUGCCUGAAGCAUCGCUGAUAUCAGAUCGUUAUCGCAAAGAGUUAGUUGACCCGGUCUUCACGGGAAAUACGCGGGAGGUUACUACGCAAACAAAUGUAAACCAAGAAUCACGAGCACCAAACUUCCGCGAUCCGCUCGCAAUAGGCGGGCCGAUGAGACCUGGCGGUUCUUUUCGAAUGGAGCCUCGGCCGUUUGGCUUUCCCGACGUUGGACGCGGCGACUUAGAUCCUUUGGGUCGCGGUGGUCCUGGUAAUCUCUUUCCGAUGCCUUCACGUCCCGAUUUCAAUGCCGGUCUGAAUCCGCGUUUCGAUCCCGUUGGUCCAGACGGACGUAUUCUGCGCGCCGAUCCUAAUCCGGAUCAUCUGCAACCACCAAAUUUUGGUUUCGACUACUAUAUGUAAUAACGAAAAUGCGAUAAAAAAAUGCCAAAAAGCAUAUGAAUUAUUUUCAAUAUUCAUAAAGGAUGUAAUUACAUACAUAGGUUAUUAAUUGUUGGUUAAAACCUAUUCUUUUGAUAGUUGCAAACUGUUUAAUUCAAAAGCGGACUUCAACAUGUGCCUUUAACGCACUUCUAACUCAAUAAUACUGAAUGAUAAUAAGAAUUUAGGUUAAAGAAACUAAUAAUAAAUAAAUAUAUUGUAAAGGGAUUAAUUGCAACUUUACUUGAAUGAGUCUUAACCAUUGAUUAAAUAACCGAAAAUCGAAAGAGAAAAAUAAUUAGUUUGUAUUGGUAAUUUUUAUAUCGAUUCAUCGACUGCAAGACAAGUACAUAAUUUGGUUUAAUAUUUGAAAUGCAUUUGGGUGAAAAUAUGUUAUAUUUAUUAUUCAAUAAAAUAGUUUGGUUAUAGUAAACCUGGAAACAAAA